UCCCCCUUCCCCGGCAGAGGUUGCUGGCGAGCCCGGAGUUGCUGGGCGUGCGCGGCCGCCUCGCGGCUCCUCGGCACGGAGCAAGUAAGAGGGAGGAGACUCUUCCAGACUCGGACUGCAUUUGUGCAAGCGGGAGACAGAGGAGCAGGUUAAUGCCCCAGGAAGCUGGGUUCCCAGGGAUCUGCCGGUGGAUAGUCUUGGCAAGCAGGCAGGAGGGCUGGAGCCCAGAGAUGAGAGUAUCCAGGAGAGAUGUGAGCCCGACAGGCCGCCGGCUGCCCGGUCACUGAGGCGGCCCCCCGGCCGGGGCCUGCGCCUCCCCCGGCCCAGCAUGCGCCUGUCGGCACGGAGGGCGCUGCUGGCGGCCGCCUGCGCCCUGGCCCUGGUCCUGGCGGUCCAGCUGGGGCAGCAGGUGCUGGAGUGCCGGGCGGUGCUGGCGGGCCCGCGGAGCCCCCGGCGGGCCAUGCGGCCGGAGCAGGAGGAGCUGGUGAUAGUGGGCGCCGACCGCGUGGAGUACCGCUACGGCAAGGCCAUGCCGCUCAUCUUCGUGGGCGGCGUGCCCCGCAGCGGCACCACGCUCAUGCGCGCCAUGCUGGACGCCCACCCCGAGGUGCGCUGCGGCGAGGAGACCCGCAUCAUCCCCCGGGUGCUGGCCAUGCGCCAGGCCUGGUCCAAGUCCGGCCGCGAGAAGCUGCGGCUGGACGAGGCGGGCGUGACGGACGAGGUGCUGGACGCCGCCAUGCAGGCCUUCAUCCUGGAGGUGAUCGCCAAGCACGGCGAGCCGGCCCGCGUGCUCUGCAACAAGGACCCCUUCGCGCUCAAGUCCUCGGUCUACCUGUCGCGCCUCUUCCCCAAUUCCAAGUUCCUGCUGAUGGUGCGGGACGGCCGGGCCUCAGUGCACUCCAUGAUCACGCGCAAGGUCACCAUCGCGGGCUUUGACCUCAGCAGCUACCGCGACUGCCUCACCAAGUGGAACAGGGCCAUCGAGGUGAUGUACGCCCAGUGCCUGGAGGUGGGCAAGGACAAGUGCCUGCCCGUGUACUACGAGCAGCUGGUGCUGCACCCCAGGCGCUCCCUCAAGCUCAUCCUCGACUUCCUCGGCAUCACCUGGAGUGACGCCGUCUUGCACCACGAGGACCUCAUUGGCAAGCCCGGUGGAGUCUCCCUGUCCAAGAUCGAGCGGUCCACAGACCAGGUCAUCAAGCCUGUAAACCUAGAAGCGCUCUCCAAGUGGAUCGGCCACAUCCCUGAGGAUGUGGUGAGGGACAUGGCCCAGAUCGCCCCCAUGCUGGCUCGGCUCGGCUAUGACCCCUAUGCAAACCCACCCAACUAUGGCAACCCCGACCCCAUCGUCAUCAACAACACGUACCGGGUCUUGAAAGGGGACUACAAAACACCAGCCAAUCUGAAAGGAUAUUUUCAGGUGAACCAGAACAGCACCUCCUCCCACUUAGGAAGCUCAUGAUUUCCAGAUCUCUGCAAGUGGCUUUCUGUUGCCAAGAUGAGAAGAAACUUUGCAUUCGAGUGGAAAUCGGACCUCUAAUCCAAGCAUAUUGCUUGCUGUUAAUCGCCGAAAAGGGGCUGCUAAUGAAGAAUGUAUUUGCAUAUGUUUGCAAAACCGGAAUCAUCAAGAACUUACUUGGAACUCUUCUAUCCUUAGACACUCGGGUAGGGAGUGAAAAGUGCAGAAGUAGUCCGGAUUUUGAAACUUAGGUAUUUUCUAUUUUUCCCCUCAAGAACUUUUUUUUAAAGAUUUGUCGUCCUCCUUAAUUUGCAGGGCCACCUUGGAGGCUUUGUUUGCUGGGACAAGACUCACAAUCUGUGCCUCUCCUGUUGACCCUCCCUUUGAAUUCAAAGAAUCUAUUUAAAAAAGAAUUUAAUAUAUGAGGCUUUCUUUGAUUCCUCCUCGAUUCUACUAAGUUUGUUUCAAAGAGAAAAAAAAAAACAAAAACAAAUUAUUUGAAUAAAGCGAACAGGGGCAUAUCUGUCCGUGCCUUA